AUGGAAAACGCCAAUCUGUGGACACGGCGCUCGAAUGCUGGCAAACUUUCAUUGUCUAUGAGAGAUCAAGAAGGCAAGGACGGUGUUAAGCUAGACUCGCCUCGAUCAUACACCACCCGGCGCUUCGGCGACUCAUCCUCCCACGGAAAGACCAAUCCCUUCAACGCCCUCUCUCCAUCUGCUACGAAAUCACCCUCCGCCAGCGCAUCCUCUGCCUUUGGACUAGGUAGCGGGGCAUUCGCAUCUUUCGGGUCAGCGAAGACACCGAAAACACCGGGGACUGGGACUGGGACCGGCUUCGACUUUUCGUCGCGCGAGAAGAAAGAGAAGGAUACAGAUGGUACAACAGAAACUCCGGGCACGGAGCAACAGAUAGAGCUUUCUGCGCCGUCAUCAUCCUCUGGCCACCAACUCCGGAACACAUGGAAUCUCUUCUACAGACCGCCAGCAAACAAAUUUUCUGAUUACGAGAAAUCGAUUCUUAAAGUGGCCUCCAUCAGCUCGGUGGAAAGCUUCUGGACCAUAUAUUCACAUCUCAAACAACCGUCCCUUUUGCCGACGGUCUCCGACUAUCAUAUUUUCAAAGAUGGCAUCCGUCCCGUGUGGGAAGACGAGGCCAACAAAAAGGGCGGAAAAUGGAUCGUAAGGCUCAAAAAGGGUGUGGCGGACCGAUACUGGGAGGAACUUCUGCUCGCAAUCAUAGGCGACCAAUUCAUGGAAGCCGGGGACGAGGUUUGUGGUGCUGUGCUCAGUGUACGGAGCGGUGAAGAUGUCCUGAGUGUCUGGACCAAGAUUGACGGCGGCCGGAACAUCAAAAUAAGAGAAACCAUCAAGCGGAUUCUCGCGUUCCCCGCGGAUACCAACAUCGUAUGGAAGAGCCACGAUGACAGCAUUGCCCAGCGGUCGGCUCUCGAUGAAGCCAGACAACAGAAAGCCAAUGCAGCUCCAGGUCAUCCUGGAGCGGAAAGGCGGCGUCAAACAAUGCAUGAAGACUCUGAAAAGAGCAAGGGAAAGGCUGUAUCGUGA